UCUUGCCAUGAUUUUAAGUGAAUCAGAAGUUUAUUUCCUGCUAUGUCUCUGUUUCCAGGUACCGACAUACUGUCAAUUUGAAAUACCGUAACGGUAAUUCAGAGAACCUCUUUUAGGUGUUAAUCAAUGUUACCAAUCUUUUUCCUCGUAGUGAAGCUUACGGGACAUGGCAACAAACGAGGUUGUUAACCACAGGAAAAUCCCUAUAUCAUUAUAACAUUAGUAUAACACUGACAGAAAGGAAAAUGUCAACCAAAAUUCUAUGUGGUCCUUGUGGAUAUGAAGACAACACAAAAAAUGCAAAGAAAUGGUGUACUAGUUGUGAAGAAGGGUUUUGCGAGGACUGUCAAAAGGUUCACAGAUCUACUAAGAUGUCCAGAAAUCAUAAGCUAAUAUCUGUUUCAGAUUAUCAAAAAAUAAAAGAUGUUUCUAUAAGCCAAACAUGCGUAGGACAUGGAAAAAGAUACGAUCUAUACUGUUCCUUACACGACAAACCUCUCUGCAUUGACUGUGUUGAUCAGCACAAAAGUUGCUCACAGCUUGUGUCAUUAGAUAAAGUUGCAGCGAAUGCUAAACAGUCAACUGCCCUUGCAGAUUUAGAAGAUACCAUAAGUGGAGCGUUAAAUAAUGUCGGUAAAUGUAUCAAAAACCAAGAAAAGAGUGGUAUCGAAUUUGACAAACAAGAAAGUCUCAUCAAGAAAACUAUACAGAAAACGCGAGAAAAGCUGAACCAACAUCUAGAUCUAUUGGAACAAAAAUUGAUACAAAAUCUUUCGACAAAAAAUGUCAACUGUAAAUCGGCAUACGGUGAAGUUCUUCAUCAGUUGUAUCUAGCAGAUAAAAAACUAAAUCAGCUAAAGAGAGAAAUCGGGACUAUGAAACAAAUGGCAUCAGAUGUCCAAGUCUUCCUUGGAACGCGUGAAAUCAACAAAACUGUUUCUGAAGAAAUAAAAUCUAUAAAAAGCAUAUUAAGCAGUACGAAAUAUUUUGAAAUCAAAUUAGAGAUUAACCCUUCAGUUACCUCAUUAUUUGAAAUCGACAAUGAGCUUGGAAUAGUAUCACUUACAGAAAAAAAAUCUAGGUUAGAAUUCAAAGAUGUAAAACUCGAUCAAGCUCAAAAGCAUAUAGCUGUACAUGCAGGAAGUAGUAAUCUAGUAAUAGAUUUACAACUGAAACAGAAAGUAAGAAUUGGGAGAUCAGCAGAUGAUUCAGGUGUGACUGGAUGCUUGAUAUUACAUAAUGGUAAUAUUUUAAUAUUAGACAUUUUAAAAGGGAAUCGAAUAAUGGAAUAUGAUGGGCAAGGUCAGUUCGUCCGAUACAUUUCCUGUUCUGGUGAUCCGUAUUAUUCAACAUUGAUAGCUCCUGAUCAAAUUGCUGUCACCUACUUUAGUAUGAAUAAAAUUGAAAUUAUUCAUCUAAGCAUCACACAAGUGCAGAAGAUAAGAACCACAAAUCAGUGUGAAGGAAUAUCCUACCGACAUGGUAAACUUUAUGUGGUAAUGGAAGAAAUGGGAAUAGUUGUGUUAGAACUGUCAGGGAAAAUCUUAUACACAGUGACAAUAGAUUUUAGAUACGUGAGUAACAUUGCGACCUCAAAGGAUAGAAUUUACUACACAAACGAAAGAAAGAACACUAUACAUUGCUUAAGUCUAACAGGUCAAGAAAUAUGGGAGUAUCAAAAUGAAUCUAUUGCUUUGCCAAAAGGGAUUGCUGUAGCUGACAACCAGGACGUUUUUGUUGUAGGUUAUUAAUCUAAUAAUCUUUCUAUCAUAAACAAAAAUGGACAAGAGAAUAAGAUCCUACUGCAAGGAACUGGCGAGUUGAAAAAUCCAAGAGCUGUAUACUACAGCACAGAUAGGAAAGAAUUAUUAGUAUGUACUGAGGAAGACGGGACUGCUGCAGUGUACAAAGUUAUUGUAGGUUAAUUAACCUCUAUAUGACACUCUCUGGUUAGUUUGCAAGACUUGCAAAACCGCCAUUCUGUCACAUUAAUUUAUUGAAUUAUUUCUUUCCUUUGAAAAACUUGAGAACUUUUUAAAAAUUCCGAAGAUUUGGAACUGCUAGAUGUUCGCUUGCUGGAUUUCAAUCGUUCCAACUUUGUCAUAAAAUAAACCAGAUACGAUUUUUUUUUUAUCACACAAAAGAGUACAAAUUUGAAAAAUGUUUUGAAAUGUAUUCGAGUAUAUGAUUUAAACAGACUGCAAUGAACUGAAAUCUGAAACAUUUAAUCGCCAUAAGCUGACGAUGAUCACGAAUCAAAGAACUGUAUUCUUAUUUUUAUUUAUAUCAUUUAACA